ACUACACAUUUCAACUGUGUCCACACCUACGACACCAAUAAUAAAGAACUUCACGUUUUUCUUUCUUUUCCUGGCUCCUCCUCUCGAAACACAAGAUUUUUUUAUGUGUCGUUUCUCAUCUCUUAUGUCUCUGCGUCGUUUUCCCCCUACACACAACGUAGUCCUUGUUUCUUACCUCCUUGUUUCUGCAUAUUUAAUAAUGCUUUCAAGGUUCCUUCUCCGCUGUAGCUCAACGCAAUUUUAUCUUGUUUUAAAAACGAGGAGGCUGCUGCUAUGGAUGUGUGAGGGCAUAGAUCUAUUUCAAUUAAGGGAGUCCUACAACUAGGGUUUCGCAAGCUAUUCAUGCCUGCCACUAAGAGGUGUCUAACGUUGUUGUUGUGGUUUACGUAUCUCUUUGGGUUGUUUUUGUUUUUGUAGUGCUAAAUUGUGUGGUUCUCGUUCAAUGUUUUUUGUUACCGACAGAGAAAUUUAGAUAUUGCGUUGUUUGGUGGGUGGAAAAGCAUCACGUUGGAGCUGGUUUUUUUAGAGAACUUUUGAUUGAUAUACUUUUUGUGUUUGGUAAGGGAGGAGCUACCUCUCAAGCUUUUUUAUUUAUUUAUUUUUUAUUUGACAGCAAAGAGAUAAAGUUAGUGAGAAAUGAGAAGGGAAACUAGAACAAGGUGCUUUAUUUGAGACGUGUACAAGGUGGGAAUAUUAUAGAAAACACCGAAGUUAGAUCGGUUUCUUCACUCACAGUCUUGUCUUGCCUUCUGCAAUGCAUUCUUUUAUUAUUAUAUUUUGUGGUAGUCUGCUUCUGCCUCUCUCUCUCUCUCUCUCUUGUUUAUCCCCUUCUUUCUUUGCGAGUCUGCAGUGCAAUGUUUUCUUGAUAUUAAAUUAAAAAUUGUCAGAAUUGUAUAUUUCUUAGACAACACAAAGGGGCGUGUUAACUGUUAUUUUCCUAUUAAUUCGUAGUUUUUUUUUUCUUUUUCAAAACCUAACAUAUAAGUUGAUGUUGAAUUUCUGUGCAGGAGAGCAAUAUGGGCUGGGUUAAUGCAGUGGUUGUUCUCUUCUGAAAGGUUUUCACCGAACGGUGAGAAGUUAAUAUAAGAGGUUUUGUCAUCGGUGUGUUAAACUUGGUGGGUUGGAAUGAGCAAUUUAAGGCCUGAAUCUCAUGUAGCACAGCAAAUUCGGCGUGAAAAAUUGCGAAUCCAGAACAGUUCUCAGCCUUCACACGAAUUCCCUAACAAUCUUGAACAGUUAUCUUUACACCCGGCGGGGGGGUUUAAUAACUUGGACCUUCUUCAAGUUAGGAGUGUUAGAAAUGCUAACAUCCUUGAUGGGCUAGCUGUUUAUUCAUCAGAAAUGCCAAACUUUUCUACCUCUUCGUCGAAUCCUAAUUUGUCUGAUGCAAGGAACGCGUUGGAGUAUCACCAAGAACAAGGUGCAGCAGCUGAACCGAGUAAUAGGCUGAUGAUGAAUCAAUAUGGUUCAUUUCCCCAUUCCAUGUCUGCAAUUCAUUCUUCCCAUAAAGAACACUGUGAGCUUCGUAAUUUGGGAAAUUGGAGGAACAGUGCCCCCCAUCAGGGGUCUGAUUGGUUUGUGAAUUAUGCAAGCAAUGCCAAUUCUUUUUUGUCUGCUGACCUCAACAACAACGUGUCUGCUUACAACGAACUUAUGGAUGUACACUGUAGCAAUGCAUCUGGUGAAAUCAGUGGUAGAGAAAUUCAGAAGCAAUUAGGUGUACUGCAUAAUAAUCCUCCUCCUUCUCCGCUUUAUCAGAAUGCUUUGCAAGAUAUUGUGAAGUCUGCUUCUUUCAGUUCUCACACUAGGCAAGACAUGUCUUCACUGAUGCAACAAAAUGACCACAGUAUUUGGGUGGGGAAUGCUGGUGAAGCUGAGCCUCAACAACCAAGUUAUGAAAACCAGCCAAAUCAGUUGCAUUUUGGGUGGACAAAUCGAACAAUUGCUAAUACCCUGAGUGAUUCAACUCCUCAGAGCUUAUCCUUGUCACUUUCAUCAAAUGCACAACCCAAACCUUCUGUUUCUCACCUUGAACAAGGGUCUGCAUCAGAUGAUCCUCAAUGUUUGACGAAUAUGAAAUCUAUUGUAAAACCAUCUAUUGUUUCUAGAGAUAUUGGGAAAUCAGUUCAAGAAACGGUGGGAAUGCCUUCAAAGAGUACUAUUACUUAUCGAAGUGUGGGUCCCCUUGGCCCUUUCACUGGGUAUGCUACUAUCCUUAAGAGUUCAAGGUUCUUAAAGUCUGCCCAACAAUUGUUAGAUGAAAUUUGCUGUCUAUCUGGUGCAAAAUUUGCGAAAUCAUAUGAUGUUUCCAAGAGGGUUUCUCCAGAAGUUAGUGCCUCUACUUCUGCUGAUACUGUUACUGGGGUUGCUGCAAAAGGUAGUAACUCAGGUUCUUCAUCAUCUAUUUUGUAUAGUGUUUCAAAGGAAAAUAGGGCUGAUCCAGGAGUUAGAAGUAGCUUUGGUCUUUCCUCGAGGCCAGAUUAUCAACAUAAGAAAGCAAAGCUACUGUACAUGCAAGAGGAGGUUACCCGGCAGUGCAAACAGUACCAUCUACAAAUGCAAAUGGUUGUUUCAUCGUUCGAGUCAGUGGCGGGUCUUGGUUCUGCUACUCCUUACAUCCCCAUGGCUCUCAAAUCAGUAUCAAAACACUUCAGGUGCUUUAAAAAUUCUAUCUCAGAACAGCUCAAGCUUAUAAGUGAGGCCUUGGGAGAGGAUUUGUCCAAACCCUCCAACACCAGUACUUGUAGUAAUAAAGCUGACACUACUACUACUAAGGCAAGGAUAAGAUGCAGCAUCGACCAAAGCUUUCUGAAGAACAAAUCUGUAAAGGGUACCACGGAACUUCUUGAACAGCAUGUGUGGAGGCCCCAGAGAGGGUUGCCAGAGCGUGCAGUGGCAAUUCUUAAAGCCUGGUUAUUUGAGCAUUUUCUUCAUCCUUACCCUACAGACACUGAUAAACACAUGCUGGCUAGUCAAACAGGUCUUUCACGAAACCAGGUAUCAAAUUGGUUCAUAAAUGCUCGAGUCCGAGUGUGGAAGCCAAUGGUUGAGGAAAUACACACGCUUGAAACAAAAGCAACAAGCUCCAAGGGCAAUUGUGGUAAAAACGAGGGAACUUCUUCUGGCACUGAAGGUGAUACCAGCCACCCUAGAGCUUUGAGCAAUAUUGGUAUGAAUUCAAUACCUGAAAACCAAUUUCAGGGUAUGGAUAUGGGAUCAUCCAUUAUUGCUGCAAAUGCUGAGGAAAGUGGGUUAAAUUCAGAACAAUGGAGUCAAGAGAAGAGGUCUAAGUUGGAAUGCCAAAUGACUACUUCAAACAUGGAUGGAACACUGAUGGGUUUUGUGCCAUACCGACGCGGCGGUGGCAUAGAGGUUGGUGGGCUAGGGUCUGUGUCACUAACAUUGGGUCUUAGGCAUGGUGUUGAAGGUGUACAGCACCAACAACAAUUGCAAGAGGAGCAACUUAGACAUCACCUUGGAGGGCACAUGAUCCAUGACUUUGUGGGCUGAUUGUAGUAACAUGUGGUGCUGUGUCACAUGUCAACUUUGCUUCAGCCUGUGAAAACCUGAACUGAAACUGUAUGGCCAACGUUGAAACUUUUGUAGAGCGAGGGCAUCACAACCAAGUGAAAAAGCUAGGGUGUAAGGUGGAGUUACUUUUGGGUUAUAAACGUCCUUUCUCUAUUCUUAAUUAACCUGAUGUGGUCACGUGCAUGGUAAAGGAAGGUUGAGGUUGUAAAGAUUUAAGAAAAUGUAUUUAUAAUAUGAUAUGGAAAAUUUCGUCCCCUCCCAC